AUGACCACCUCCACCACCACCUCCAUUACCUCUGUGUUCAUCAUCAUCCUCCUCCUCCUAUCCACCGACGCCACUACCACCACCCUCGACUCCGAUGUCUCCGCCCUCAAAGCCAUAAAAGCCGCCAUCGAUCCCACCACCAUCCCUUCUUACUCUUGCUUAGCCUCUUGGAAUUUCACCUCUGAUCCUUGCUCCUACCAUCACGUCGACCACUUCCUCUGCGGCCUCUCCUGCUCCGGCAACCGAGUCACCCAACUCACCUUCGAUCGCGCCGGUUACGUCGGAACUCUCUCCCCACUCGUUUCCAAACUCACCCAACUCAUCACAAUCGACAUCUCUGACAACAAAUUCUCCGGCCCAAUCCCCAGUUCCCUCUUCUCUCUCCCCAACCUCCAAACACUUAACCUCCGAUCUAAUUCCUUCUCCGGCACCAUCCCAUCAGACAUUUCAAAUCUCAAAUCAAUCCAAGCCCUAGACAUCUCUCACAAUUCACUAUCCGGGUCGUUGCCAAACACAUUGAGUUCACUCCCUUUGACGCGUCUUGACCUCAGUUUCAAUAACCUCACCGGACCAAUCCCUAAACUCCCCAAAAACCUACUCGAACUCGCAAUUAAAUCCAACUCGCUAUCUGGGUUCCUACCAAAACCAUCAUUUAGCGACCUGACCCAACUGGAAGUUGUGGAACUCAGUGAUAACUCGCUCACCGGAGCAAUCCCCGGCUGGUUCUUGCUCCAACAAUCUCUUCAGCAAGUCAAUCUAGCCAAUAACGGAUUCACAGGUAUCGAGAUCUCAAAACCCAUUAAUAGCAAUCUCAUCGCCGUCGAUAUCGGGUACAACAAAAUCGUCGGGUACCUACCGGUGAACUUGUCGGCGUAUCCGGUGUUGUCGUCUUUGUCACUCCGAUAUAAUCAGCUACAUGGACCGAUUCCGCCGGAGUUCAGCCAAAAGGCGACGUUGAAGAGGUUGUUUUUGGACGGAAAUUACCUAAGCGGAUUGCCACCGAAGGAGUUUUUCUCGAAAAAAUCGUCGGUUUCAGGGAGCUUAGGUGACAAUUGCCUGAAGAAUUGUCCGAUAUCUUCGCAGCUUUGCUUGAAAUCGCAGAAACCAUCGUCGAUUUGCCAGCAAGCAUAUGGUGGGAAAGGGAAACAAAAGUCAUAG